ACAAUCUCUCUCUCUCUCCAUUUACUAAACCGACAACCGUUAAGGUAACCGAAUGUAAGGAAAUUUCACUACUGAGGAGGGAAGAAAGAUAUAGGAGGGAAAAAGCGAUUUAUUAAAGUGUCUAUCCUGUGUACUUGUGUAAUAUACGUAGUGCAAUGAUGAUGGUGAUCGGCCGUGUGUAAAUAUUGGGGAAUAUAUUGAGUUUCUACAUUAACUGAGUAAAAGGAAAUAUUAAUCAUGCCUGAGAACGAAUACAGUGCAAGUGGAAGUACAGGUGAUACGAGGGAAGAGCCUCCUGACAGGUCCCAACGACUAACAAAUGACGAUUUCAGGAGGUUAUUAAUGACGCCUAGGUCUUCAGUACCUUCUUCGCUACCUUCAUCAUUAGCGCCAGCUAGAGAUGCCGUCACUGCUACUGCAGAUGCAGAAGGUGAUGAUAGAGCUGAAAGACGGCGUAAAAAGAAAAGUUUUUAUGCCAAGUUGAAGAAACAAGAAGAUGACAAAAUGGCAGAACUUGCAAAGAAAUACCGUGAUCGAGCAGGUGAGAGGCGAGAUGGGGCCAACCCAGAUUAUCAAGCAGAAGAUCCGCUUUCUACUGCAAGUGGCUACCGUGCAGUGGCACCAGAUUUGAAAUCUGGUUUGGAUGCAGCAGAAAGGCGUCGCCAAAUGAUUCAAGAAUCAAAGUUCUUGGGAGGUGACAUGGAGCAUACCCACUUGGUGAAAGGCUUAGAUUAUGCGUUGUUGCAGAAAGUUCGCAGUGAAAUCCAAGCAAAAGAACAGGAGCAGGAAGAGGAAAUGGAAAAGCUUGUAAAAACAAAAAAGGAAAAAAAGGACGAUGAAGAAGAAAUGCAAUUCAAAACUAAGUUGGGACGGAAUGUCUAUAGAGCGCUUUUCAAGUUCAGAGCAUCUGAAAAAAAUGAGCUGUUUGCACCAGGCAGAAUGGCAUAUGUGAUAGAUCUAGAAGAUGAACUGGCAGAGAGUGACAUCCCAACAACUUUGAUUAGGAGUCGUGCUGAUGUACCAAGUCUUGAGGCUACAGCCACCCUCACUACAAAUGAUAUAGUCAUCAACAAAUUGGCUCAAAUUCUGUCAUAUCUACGGCAAGGAGGUCGACACAGCAAAAAGUCAAGGAAGAAGGAUAAAGGUAGAGGAGCUGGUGAUAAUAAGGGUGAGAGCAAAGGUGUGGUGGAUGAAAGCAUAUAUGGUGAGAUUGGAGACUAUAUACCUUCACUGUCCAGACGGGAAGCUGGCAGUGGUGGAGACAAAGAACGAGAGAAACGACGGACUCCAUACUUUGAGAAGCCUGCAGAGGAGGCAGCUGCUUGGGCUGCUGCUGAGGGGAAAUCCAAGCCAGAACCACGUGCUACCUCAAAGUUGGAACAAGCUGACAAAAUUCCAACAGUACCAAAAAGAGAAAUGGGACAGAACCAAAGUCGUGCACAGCAGUUGUUGACAAGAUUGGCAGCCGAACCAGAAGGAUAUGCUGAAUGUUAUCCAGGUCUUGAAGAAAUGCAGGAUGCUAUUGAUGAUUCUGAUGAUGAAGUAGACUAUACCAAAAUGGACCUUGGUAAUAAGAAGGGGCCAAUUGGAAGAUGGGACUUUGACACCCAGGAAGAAUACAGUGAUUACAUGAAUAACAAAGAGGCCUUACCAAAGGCUGCAUUUCAGUAUGGGGUCAAAAUGGCUGAUGGACGACGUACAAGGAAAUACCACAAGGAGAAAAAUGAAAAGGCAGAACUUGAUAGGGAGUGGCAGAAGAUUCAGAAUAUCAUACAGAAGCGCAAGAUUCCAGCACCAGCAGAAUCAGAAUUUAAGAAACCUAAAUAUUAAAGGGGAUCUGUCAUUGCUGUUUGGCUCAGAACAAGAUUUGACUGAAAGUCUUCCCUUAAUGAUUGGAAUUUAUUAUUUCAGUUCAAUUUUGGACACACAGUAAUUGUACCUAUUUUAGCAUAAAAUGUAUGAUUUCAUUGUUCCAAAUAUUUCCCAUCAGAUAUAUUCUGUUUUUACAUCUAUUUGAAUGUUAUGCGAAGUGUGAAAUAUAACAUUACAUGUCUCUUAUCAGCAGAAUGAAACAUACAGUUAAUUAAUAAACUGGCUGAGGAAAAUUAACUUUGUUGAAGAAGUUCAUUUUGAUACAUUACUGUGAAGGCAUACAGAAGUUACUAGUAUAAUUCAAGAGUUGGCAAACAAUUAAGAAAUUGUAAACAUUCCAAAAUUCUUGCUGGUGCUGAAAGACCUUCCAAGGGCACAAAGGUGAUUGCUGGCAUAUGAUUGACUAUCCCUGCUGUAAGUGGAUGCCAGGAUAGCAGCUUCAGAAUGGCUAUGAUUGCCUGCUCCUAAAUCUUUAUCUACUUCUAGGUAUGCUAUCUUCGUAGGUCAUUUGAUGCUACUAGCCUCUGAAAUUGAAACACUAUUUAACUGGAUAACUUAGGAACAAGAAUUCUUACUGUGUGGAAGGAGACCAAGACACAGAUGGGAAGGCAAUAUAAAAAUAUAUAUUAGUGAAAUAGGUUUUGAAGAUGUGAAUUGACUCUGGGUACAUUUGUUUUGUUAGUGAUGUGCAUGGUAUAAGCAGUUGGUUCCUGGAUUGUUUGCAGUUUUACGACUGUUGCUGGGACAGAGCUCUGCUAGGUGGAGGAAGAGUAGAUCGUGCUGCCAUUUUCCAUUCACCGUGUGAAGUGAGGUUGUGUAUUGUGCCUGUUGGGAUUUGCAUUUUAUCCAAAGUUUUGUUUCAGACUAGGCAAAACUGCCAAAGAAACCUACAUGUUAAAACUUGCUUUUGGAGAGGAAACCAUAAGUAGAAAAACAUUUGAUGGAUUUUCAAAGUUCAGAAGUUGAAUAAUAUCAGCUAACAAUGCUGAGCAAUUGGGAUGUCCACCCAUCCACGAAGAAAAUGGAUGAAAAUAUUUUACAAACCAGGGAACUUGCUCAUGAAAACAGGCAUUUCAUAGUGAUUUGACUACUGUUGUGGGACCUUCAGAGACCCACAGCUUACUAGAUAACUCCCUCCCCCCACUGAAAUUGAUACUGAGGACAAGGAGAUAUAUCUCAAUUGAAUAAAAUCUGCAGGCUGCACUUGGCCAGUUUUAAACUUAGGACUUCAGCAAAUGCUUACAACAGUGGCACAGUCACUAGACUUUCUUCAUCUAGUUUCAAGGAAAUUACUACCCACUAACAAAGGGAAGGCAAGGCAAUUAUGAGUGCCCACCAGCAUGAACAGUGCAAGUUGAAAACAAUGGCAUAAUUUUCUGUUGCCUCUUACCAUUUCUGUUUAUACCUUUGCAGCUCACUAUGCUCUUACAUGAAUGAUAAAAAGAGUGGUCAAGGCAAGCAUUUGUAUCCAUCACUUGCCUCACCUUCUCUUUGCUGGAAGAUAUUACUUUGUACAGGACAGCAUGAAAUAGAAGGUAAAUGCAGUUACUGGAGUGGGGGGGCAGUCCAGUAAUUAUUAGGUCACAUACUUUGUGGGUGCACAGUGAAGGGAAUUUCUUGGAUAUUAACUGCUAAAGAAAAAUCUGCUAUUAGAGUGUGUCCUGGUUACUGGGAUUAAAAAAACAUAACACAUUAGAGUAGUUGUGCUGUAUUAGUUUUGUAUUUGAAUUGGUGAAUGCCAUUUUCAUAUUGAAGGAACUUCACUUUGUUACUGUUCAGUUUCUAAUGGUGGCAUAAUUGUUGGGAACCUCGAGUCUAAUGCUUCCUAAUCAUAGAAAUACUCUCUUUUCACCUAAUUUGUAUUUGAAUUCUUAAUUUAAAAUUAUUAGUUUAUGUUAAUUUCAUAUUGUAUAGUGGACCAGUUGGCAAUAUAACACGUUUGUCUUGCACCUAGAAAUUGUAUGGUAUUCUGUAAUUAUCAAGACAGCCAGAUUUAUAAUUAGAUUCACUUCUGCCAUGAUUAUAGUUUGGAGCAGAACAUGAUGCACUUUGCCCAUUUCGCUGUUAGUAACUGUCAGCCUUCUGCUAAAGUAUUUUUCCAGCACUAAUUGAAUAGUCAAAAUUUUGGAAAUGUUACUAUUCACCUUACCAGCUAGUACACUCCAGAUGCAUCCUAUGGAUGGCUGAAGGAUAUGUACCUGAUGUAUGUGUUUUAAAGUUCCAGUGUUACCACAAGCAUAGCUUUAUGUAAAUACCUUUCCUGUGGAAAAAUUGGUUAAUAGCCUGAGUUGUGUAGCUUUUUGAUCAAUCUUUCUUGCUUCAGUAGAAAUGGGUGUUAUAGGCAGAUUCUCCACUAUACUAUUAAUGAGGUGCACUUCGACAGUAAACAUAUUUUUGUGACAGAAUAUUGAGAAAUAAUUAUUUUAUGUGUUUGUACAUUGUAGUGUAGAUUCUAUAGAUACCAGCACAAAAAUAAAUCAUAUGAGUUUGUA